AAAAAAUUGGCGAAGAGUUACGACGCCUUUCUCGCUUCCGAAUCAUUGAUAAAGCAGAUUCCUCGUAUCAUCGGUCCUGGUCUCAACAAGGCCGGAAAGUUCCCUUCUGUUGUAACCCAUGCUGAACCAUUAGCGUCUAAGGUAGAAGAAACAAAGGCGACUAUCAAGUUCCAGAUGAAGAAGGUCUUGUGCCUUUCCGUCGCCGUCGGUCACGUUGAAAUGUCCCAGGAGGAACUUGUUUCUAACAUUUCGCUCUCGAUCAAUUUCCUUGUCUCUCUUCUCAAGAAGAACUGGCAGAACGUCCGUUCGCUCAACAUCAAAUCCACAAUGGGCAAAGCUCAGCGUUUGUAUUAA